AUGAGGUUCACAUUCCCUCUCGUGGCCAUAGGCCUGGAGGCUUCCAUGAUUGCUUUAUUUCAAUUCUUUGUUGAGUAUGAAGCAGAUCAGAAUAUUGCCCAGCAACUGAACACGACCAGGCCAACCAAAAUGGACAGCUUCCUUCAGCUGUACCCCCUAUUUCAAGAUGUGCACGUGAUGAUAUUCGUGGGUUUUGGUUUCCUCAUGACAUUUCUGAAGAAAUAUGGCUUCAGCAGUGUGGGCUUCAACCUGCUCAUUGCUGCCCUGGGCCUCCAGUGGGGCACGAUUGCACAGGGGCUGCUCCACUCCCAGGGCCAGAAGUUCCACAUCGGAAUCAAGGAAAUGAUCAAUGCAGACUUUAGUACAGCCACGGUUCUAAUUUCUUUUGGAGCUGUCUUGGGAAAAACAAGCCCUAUCCAAAUGUUGAUCAUGACAAUUCUAGAAAUUGCUGCUUUUGCUGCCAAUGAGUUUCUGGUUGCUGAGAUAUUUAUGGCCUCUGAUGUUGGGGCAUCGAUGACGAUCCAUGCCUUUGGGGCCUACUUUGGCUUGACUGUCGCAGGCAUCUUGUAUCGAUCUGGCCUGAGAGAGGAGCAUAAGAACGAAGAGUCUGUGUACCACUCUGACUUAUUUGCAAUGAUUGGGACUCUUUUUCUAUGGAUCUUCUGGCCGAGCUUCAACUCCGCCAUUGCUGAAGCUGGAGACCACCAGUAUAAGGCCAUCGUGAACACCUACUUCUCACUGGCCGCCUGCGUCCUCACGGCCUAUGCGAUGUCCAGCCUCGUCAUGCACCGGGGCAAGCUGAACAUGGUUCACAUCCAAAACGCCACCCUGGCCGGCGGAGUCGCUGUGGGCACCUGCGCGGACAUGGACAUCCAGCCGUACGUGGCUAUGAUCAUCGGGAGCAUCGCAGGACUCGUCUCUGUGCUCGGAUACAAGUACCUGACUCCAUUUUUUGCCACCACACUGAGGAUCCACGACACAUGUGGGGUGCACAACCUGCAUGGCUUACCUGGCCUGAUUGGAGGUCUCUCAAGCAUUGUGGUGAUAGCGUUGGGAGUGUCCAACAUGUCUACUGUCGCCAUGCAGGCCGCAGCACUUGGUUCGUCCAUUGGAACAGCAGUUGCUGGAGGUGUGGUUACAGGUUUAAUUCUAAAGAUACCUUGCUGGGAACACCCCUCCAACGAGUACUGCUAUGAUGAUUCUGUUUAUUGGGAGGUCCCUAAGUGGAGAGAAGAUGAUAUCCACUCCCAUAAGGAUGAGGACCAAAAGCAGCUUGAACCUCAAGUGUAA